CGAGGCCCUGCUCGCUGGCUCGCCCGCGCCGCCGACUCGGGCGGCGGCUCCCGGCGCUGGAGAGAGAAGAGGACGGAGCUGCGGGCGGGGGCGGGUCUGCACCGCGCCGGGUGCGCUCACCCUGCGGAGCUGCGGGUGCGUCCAUCCGCUCGAUCCUCCGGCCUGGCCUCUUGUGGCUCAGGUGCUGUAGGCGGCGCGAUGCGGGUAUCCCGGGCCGGGCAAGCAAGGCGCAGUACAGGCUCAUGAAGCUCCUCGGUGCCAGGCGCGGGAGCGCGGGCCAGCCAUGGGCGGCAGCCUGCGGGUGGCUGUUCUGGGUGCUCCGGGAGUGGGCAAGACCGCCAUCAUCCGCCAGUUCUUGUUUGGUGACUAUCCUGAGCGCCACCGACCCACGGACGGUCCCCGCCUCUACCGGCCAGCGGUGCUGCUCGACGGUGCUGUCUACGACCUGAGUAUCCGCGAUGGUGACGUCGCUGGACCCGACUCCAGCCCCAGAAGUCUUGAGGAGUGGCCGGACCCUAAAGACUGGAGCUUGCAGGACACAGACGCCUUUGUGCUGGUCUACGACAUCUGCAGCCCCGACAGUUUUGAUUAUGUGAAAGCCCUGAGGCAGCGCAUAGCGGAAAACAGGAGGGGACCCACCUUCAUUUGUACACAUGGGGUGGGUUCCUCUGGCCAUGGAGUCUCCACCACUGCGUCUCUCACCUCCAUCGGGCCAACAGGCCGGCGGGAGCGCCGGAGGCACCCAUCCUGGUGGUUGGCAACAAGCGGGACCGUCAGCGGCUGCGCUUCGGACCUCGCCGUGCACUGGCCACUCUAGUUCGCAGGGGCUGGCGCUGUGGCUACCUCGAGUGCUCAGCCAAAUACAAUUGGCACGUGCUGCGUCUCUUCCGAGAGCUUCUGCGUUGUGCUUUGGUGCGCACACGUCCUGCACAUCCGGCCUUGCGCCUGCAGGGGGCGCUGCACCCAGCGCGCUGCAGCCUCAUGUGAUCAGAUCGGACAGGGAAAUCUCAUGAAAGCAGGCUCCCACCCAGACUCCUGGCCACCGGACUUUUCUUUGACCUUGACUGGACCCAGCUAACUCCCAAGCAUUGGACAAGAUCAGUUUUAUCUGAGACCUUCUUGGGUCAUAAUCACAGAUGGAAAGAACCUGACUCUGAAUGUGAUCAGAAGCAUUUGUACAGCUUCUAGCACUCAUACUGAACUACAUAGAUCCACCUGCCUCUACCUCUCCACUGCUGGACUGGCUACUGGAGACAUUUCUAAAGUCAUGCCUUACCAGGUAAUAAAAACAAAAGCAAAAAACUUAAACGCACAA